AUGCGUCUAACUUACGCUCUGUUGGCAACUGGAAAAGUGCUCUUUGCCGACACCGACAUCGUCUCAGCAGCCAGGGAGACCACCGAGAGCUCACCGAUAGACGCCCCACUCGUGGUCCACUCGCCACAUUUCCAAAGAGAAGACGAUUUUGGCAAGAGAUUCCUGCGAAACACGGUUCAAACUAACGAUGGAGCUGAAGAAUCAGAGGAAAAGAUGUUUGCUCCAAUGAUUAAUGGGCUUCUCGGAAAGGUGGGGUCUGUUGUCGAGACCGGCGGACCCAGCGCGGUUAGGGAGGCUAUGAAGCUGGAGCAGUACCAGCAAUGGUUGAGGGCUGGAUUGACGCCGCGGCGUGUCCAAAGUCAAGUGAGCGCCGCCCUGGGUGUGAACAAGAAGUCGUCGCAGGCACUUGGCUAUAUUCUGAGAAGCAAGGAUUCCGACCAGUACCUUAAGUUCAUGGUUGACUAUCGGGGGCGAAAACCAGGAAGUAAAAUUCCAAAGCCGGCGUCACAGAUGGAGAAAUAUGAGCUGUGGUUGUAUGCUGGAUUAACGCCGUCCCAGGUGCAGAGUGCAGUGAACGCCCUCAGUGCGAAGAGAACGCCGCUACAGGGGCUUGGCUAUGUUCUGAGAAGCAGAUAUUCCGACCAAUAUCUCAAGUUUAUUGUUGAAUUCCAACGACAUCAGCCAGGGACUAAAAUUCCAAAGCCUGCGUCACAAAUGCAGAAGUACGAAUUGUGGCAUUAUGCAGGAUUAACGCCGUCCCAAGUUCGAGUGGAGGUCCUGAAGAAAGACCCGUCUCAGCCACUUCGUACUAUCCUGAUGCGCAAGGAUUCCGAGCAGUAUCUCAAGUUCGCUGUCAACUACAAGAGAAACCAGCCUGGGAGCAAGAUCUCGAAGCCGGUGUCUGAGAUGGAGAAAUCCGAACUGUGGCUCCAUGCUGGAUUGAAGCCGGAACAGGUGCGUGUGUUUAUCCUGCAGAAAACGCAAAGGGGUGUUAAGAAAGAUAAGGACUUCUCCAAGUUUAUGACCGCGUACAACCGGCAGAUCCGGAACGUACCAGCAAAAUCCUGA